GACUCUCAUCUCCAAACAGAAAUCAAAGAGAGUGAGGAAAAGAAGAAAUCUCCUCUUUUAUCUCUUCUCAUUUUCAGAUAUAAAAAGCUCUUCUUCUUCCUUGAGCAGCUGAUCCAUCUGUAACAAUGGAGAUCUUCUACUACGUGGUCUUCGGCGGUUUAUCCGUCGUUGUUGCAGCCAUGGAGUUCAGCAAAAACAGUAAAGAUCGAAUCAACACCUCUUCAGCUUUCAAUUCCUUCAAGAACAACUACCUGGUCGUCUACUCUCUCAUGAUGGCUGGGGAUUGGUUGCAGGGUCCUUAUGUCUACUUCCUCUACAAACACUAUGGUUUUGGGCAGGCCGAGAUCGGGCGACUUUUUAUUGCUGGUUUCGGAUCUUCUAUGUUGUUUGGGACAAUCGUUGGAUCUUUGGCUGACAAACAGGGUCGGAAGAGGGCUUCUGUAACGUACUGCAUAACAUACAUCCUGAGCUGUAUGACCAAGCAUUCUCCUCAGUAUAAUGUCUUGAUGCUAGGCCGUGUAUUGGGAGGAAUCGCUACGUCCCUCUUGUUUUCAGCCUUUGAGUCAUGGCUUGUUGCGGAACACAACAAGAGGGGUUUUGAGCAACAAUGGCUGUCAGUAACCUUCUCCAAGGCAAUAUUCUUCGGCAAUGGUCUCGUAGCAAUUGUCUCUGGGUUGUUUGCGAACUUACUGACUGAUAAUUUGGGCUUUGGGCCCGUAGCACCUUUUGAUGCUGCUGCAUGCUUUCUCGCAAUUGGCAUGACAAUUAUCUUAUCAUCAUGGGGUGAAAACUAUGGAGAUCCUUCUGAAAGCAAGGACUUGUUCACCCAGUUCAAGAUUGCCGCAACGGCAAUAUCUUCUGAUGAGAAGAUAGCCUUGCUGGGCGCAAUACAGUCCCUAUUUGAAGGUUCUAUGUACACUUUUGUAUUCCUUUGGACUCCUGCCUUAAGCCCAAACGACGAGGAUAUUCCUCACGGUUUCAUUUUCGCUACAUUCAUGUUGGGUUCGAUGUUGGGAAGCUCCAUUGCCUCUCGGCUGAUGACCCGCUCAUCCCUGAAAGUUGAAAGCUACAUGCAGGUUGUUUUUGGAGUUGCUUCCGUCUCUCUCCUGCUUCCAGUUAUCACCAGUUACUUGGUGGCACCGUCGACGGUGAAAGGUGGGGGCAUCUCAUUCGGUGGUUGUAUCCAGAUGAUUGGGUUUUGUAUCUUCGAGGCAUGCGUUGGAAUAUUUUGGCCAUCUAUUAUGAAGAUGAGAUCCCAAUACAUUCCUGAGGAGGCCAGAAGCACAAUCAUGAACUUCUUCCGUAUACCACUCAACAUCUUCGUGUGUGUUGUGCUCUACAAUGUGAGCGCAUUCCCCAUGACUUCCAUGUUUACCAUGUGCUCGGUUUUCCUCUUCCUUGCAUCCCUCUUGCAGAGACGGCUGAUGGGACUUGCAGAGAGCCACAAAUCAAGAACCAUUGAACACCUAAUGAGGGAAAGAGAUACGGAGGCAGAACCAUUGACCGCCUAAUGCCGAAGCAGACAACUGAACUGGUAAUUCAAGUGUUACCACCUUUUCACCAUAAAUUCUGCAUUUGCUCUUUAUCUCUCAUCAGGUGAAGAUCUCUCAUUGCAAUUGUGAUCUGCCUAGCCAAGAGAGUAUUGCUUCUUCUUCUUCUUCUUCUUCUUCUUCUUCUUCUUCUUCUUCUUCUUCAUUUUCCCCGUUUUAGUCUUAUUUUUGAGUUAUUCAAUGAGUAACUUGUGCCAAAGAACAGGUAUAUCCCUUUAGCUGUGGUUCUUGAGUUUCCUUUUCUCUUCUGGAAUCUCGGGUAUUCGUUUCCUCAUCGGUAUAGUGUCGGUGUGAAGCUUCUAGGAGUUUUGUUUUCCUGCAUUUUGUAUUCAAGUGGCCUAAUGGAAUGCCGUAACUUGUUCCUCUGCGGAUAUAGAAACAUGGAUGCCUACCAGUUUCCUAUAUGUAGUAAUUUCUUUUUAUCUCCAAUCCGUUAAUUGGUUUCUCA